AAAGAGCAGCAACGACCACGCAAUCAGCCCCUGUCACCACUCCUUCAACCCCUCAAUUGACUCAAGUCCCUGGCGUCGUACACAGGAGACUCGUCAUGUUCUACCAACAGAACCUCCUCACCGAUAAAAAAUCAGGUCUCGGUGUCGUCUGGCUCGCUGCAACCCUCGGCAACAAGUCACACGUCCGUAAGCUACAAAAACGUGACAUCCUGUCUGUAGAUGUUCCCAAGGCAUGUGCGUAUCUGCAAGCACCACCACAGCCAUUGGCACUGAGGACGAGCAGUUCCUUGAUGGUUGGUGUUGCUCGUGUUUUGGACCAGCAGUACACCUUCUUCUACGCGGAUGUCUCUCAAGCACAUACAAAGUUGAGGCAGCAGCUCAUGAGUAUGUCGGAGAAAGAUCCAGCAACGCUUGAGCUUCCACGCCAAGCACGUUCUCGUAUGGAUGCCGUCACGCUGCCGGAUGAUCCCAUGUUUGAUCUCGACUUUGCCAACCAAGGCGCUCUUGACUUUCUCAACCACGAUCUUGAGGAUCUCAUGAAAAUGGACAUGACAAAGGACGACAAUUUCUCAAACCUCUCAGCGCGUCAUACAAGUGAAGCCAGUGGACUUCCAAGCGGUGCAAGUCCUAGCAUCUCACUACCCGGUGGCUUCUCAUCCCACGAUUUACCACCACCAAGUCGCUCUCGCACUGGUCUCGGCAACUUGGAUCUCCAUGGACUCCUUGAAGAAGAGACAGACCCACUUGGACCAGAUGGUGCUGGAGACAUGCUUGACUUUGAGUUUGACAAUCUCGGGCAAAUGCAAGACGUUGAACCAACGCAAGGUGGCGACUUUGAGCCAUCUGAAAAACGUAGUGUCGAGGAUGAAAGCACACUCUAUGAUGUUGACCGAGUCCGCAAGAAGCCUAGAGUUGACGUUGAUCCGCUUGGCGUAUUCAAUGAGCAAGAUGAAGAUCGCGCUGCAGGACUCUUUGGUGAUUAUGGCAUGUCCCCACUGCCCCUGGCUCAAUCCACGCCACGACCAGAUGGAGGCGCCAGGGAGUUUGAUUUCUUCGAUGAUGCCGGUAUGGACGUUCUCGUCCCAGAGGACGGACAGGCGGCAGUAGCAGCAACAGCUGCGACCAAGAAACGAAGGCACACAUCGAGGGUUCUCGACGACCAGGAAAUUCAAGUACCAACAGCGACUAUGGUCGCUUGGCGUGAAGACUACGAAACACGCAUGGCUACGCUUAACAAGAGACGCAAAUUACGUAAGGAUGAGAUGGAUAAACAAACGUUCCAGCUCAUCUGGGGAUUCAAUCAUGCACUUUUGCAUCCAGACUUGACCACACUCUACUGCAAGAACCCUUAUGCAGCACAACGCGCACCAACGACGUACGAUCAGCGCGCAAACACGCCUCCUUUGGUCGAAUUUGAUAAUCAGCCAGAAUACCCUAUGAACUUUGACAUGGAUGCACCAGGUAUUGGAGACUUUGAUGGUGCAGAUGUGGAGAUUGGUCGUCGGGCACCUUCGCAAGAUCCAGCGGACACUGUCUUGAGUAUUCGGCAACAGACACUACCUUGGAACAUCUCGCGCACCGAUCGAACACCUUCUGUGGGAGGACGUGAUUAUGGCUCUGUUGAGCAUGGUCGAGCAGGUAGCCUCGGUACGCCCGUGCCAUUUAGCUUCAUGGAAACGCCUCAACCUGCUUCUGCGCUUGGCGGAAGCAAUGCUCGCCGAGGAACUCUACGCCCUGGUAGUCGUCUGAGUAGUGCCGCAGUCGCUGGAAUUGGUGGCCUCGAACGGCUCGACAGUCUGGAUGCUCCUGCAGAUUUGUCCAUUGACAACAUUUUGGACAAUGCCGGCGAUGAUCCUAGUUCUGGCUUGACGAAUCGGGCUGCUGGUGUUGGGCAAGGCAUUGAUACACAAAUGGCCAAUGAUUCUCAGUUUCUGCUAAGUACACUUCAGCAGGAAAGCUACAACUUUUUCGAAUAUACGCGUGAGCGCAUUGCACAGCAUGACAGUGUGGACGGCCAAGAGGGUGCUAUCUUGUUUGAGAACCUGGUUGAACCAAAGACGAGCGACCGAUUCGUCGCAUCCCAGGCCUUUUCGCAUGUCCUGUUGCUUGCUUCCAAGGGCGCAAUUCACGUCACUCAGGAAGUCCCGUACGGCUCAAUCAUGGUGCACGAUCUGGUGGAAAGUGCUUGAUCAGUCGGAGGCGACAUGUGCAGCAUUCUCAAGUAGGGUUCUUUUCUUUUCUAGUAGCAAUUUCAUGCCAUGUUCUUCUUAACAUCAAUACGCCUGA